AACGCCAUUAAUUAAAUAGCCUAACUAUAGCUCUGGCUUUGCUUGAUUGGCCAAGGCUUAUUAAAGAAGAUAGCGAAUAGAUAGACCUGAAGCGAAUUGUAUUGCUAGCCUAGGAGCCUAUCUAAUCUUUUAAACGUAUCCAGUUCGUAUGAUAUCAUACUAAACGUGUGGCCAAAUAAUCCGUAUGAUAUCCACUAAAAUCUGAUAGAUGAGCGACCAAUGCACAUGCGCAAUCUAGCCAGUAUUAUAAGUAGCCUGUGUUUAUUAUUGUCCAUUUUGACAGUUGGAUAACUGGACAAUGGAUAACUUUAGGGGUGAAUUUCUAGAAAGGGUCGUUGGCUAAUUUCCGUCGUAAUCUUGGUCAGUAGGCUACCCUAUAACAGUCUUCACGGAUGUUUAGUGGAAAGGUUCCAACUCGAACAUCCAUGUGGAAUCCAACGAUUAAACAUGGUCGUAAAGUUUGGUGCUUUAAACAACAGUAGCCUAGUAGAAGACCAAGAUUGCUAAGAACUAGCCCCUACCCUUUCUAGAAACGGAUCUAGGCGUGGUGACAUCACCGGUCUUGGUUGGAACUGAUUGGAACAGACAAAGGCACUCAGCAUCCACAGUGGAGGCAGGCAGUGAUCGUACUUGAUCGGCUAUGGGGAGCAGCUUCCGUCAGGAUGCAUGUUUCGCCAUUUAAUAGCUUGGACAAUACAGCCAUGAGGGGACACCGGUAGAGAAUUUAGAUGAAGCCGGGUAGGGUGAGCGGAAAAUCACGGGAGGAGGUCUAGAGAGAUAAUGUUCUGGGGAACCUGCUUCGCCUCUUCCCGGUCUUACGUUGUGGAACUCGGGCGGAAUCAGAGCCUGACCCUCGGACUCGGCGGCUCCGAUGAGCGCCACUCAUUUUAUGGAUACAUCAUUGCCUUUCCCUUACAGGACUACGGCGGGAUCAUGUCCGCUUUGGGCUCGGAGUCCUGGUGGAAGAAAACACUGUAUGUCACGGGUGGUGCUCUCCUUGCUGCCGCUGCCUACCUUCUACACGAGCUGCUGUCCAUCAGGAAAGAGGUGGAGAUGGACUCGAAGGAUGCCAUCAUCUUGCACCAGUUCUCCCGUCCAAAGAGCGGAGUACCCAGCCUUUCUCCCUUCUGCCUCAAGAUAGAGACUUUCCUACGCAUGAUGGACCUUCCCUACCAGAACUACUUUGAUGGGAAGCUGUCCCCUCAAGGUAAGAUGCCCUGGAUUGAGUACAACCGGCAGCAGGUGUCUGGAACGGAGUUCAUUAUCGACUUCCUGGAGGACAACCUGGGGGCGAACCUCAACAAGAGCCUGAGCGAGCAGGAGAAGGCGGUGGCUCGUGCCAUUACCAAGAUGGUGGAGGAGCAUCUCUACUGGACUAUUGCAUACUGCCAGUGGGUGGACAACCUGGAGGAGACUCAGAAGAUGCUGGCCAUCACGGGUCCCCUGAGCGACCUGCAGAAGUGGAUCAUCAGCCAUGUGACCGGCAGCAUCGUCAAGAAGGAGAUGUACGGCCAUGGCAUCGGACGCUUCUCCAAAGAGGAGGUCUACACACUCAUGGAGAAAGACAUGAGGACGCUGGCCACACUACUCGGUGAUAAGAAGUACAUCAUGGGGCCAAAGCUGACCACCGUGGACGCCACCGUGUUUGGGCACCUGGCCCAGGCCAUGUGGAGUCUGCCUGGCACACGCCCAGAGCAGCUCAUCAAAGGAGAGCUGAUCAACCUGGCCAUGUACUGUGGCCGUCUGCGCCGGUUCUGGCCCGAGUGGUUUGUUGACCCGGAGGACUGGUGCUACACAGGAGAGGACAGCGAGAGUGGCCGGUCCUCCCCAGCCUGCCUGCUGGACUUUGGGCUUUUCUCAAGGACAGACACGCUGGAGGAGAGCGACGCAAGCAGCAGUCGCUCUGACCCUCACUCGCACUCGCACACACACUUACUCGCAAACUUAGACACACAGACACACUCACCGGCCAGCGACCGCUCAGGACGCUCGCUCUUCGACUCUGACAUGGACACGGACGGUGGGUCGGAUGUGGAGCAGAAACAGGAAGUGUCAUGCCCUGACCUUUGAAUCUUGGGUCAGGGUGGAGGACACAGUUCUUUGCCUCUCACUUGGAUUGAUUGAGAAAUCUCCAAGCUGCUUUCUUAGGAUGAAAGACAGGAGAUGUAUUCACAUCACAUACUCACUUAAAUCCAAACCAGGAAUGUUCCAGAAAGCCUUUCAGCCAUUCUGAAACAACGGACACAAAUACGAGCUUAUGAUGUGAAGGCUCAAAAUUGUUUGACCUUGGGCUUAAUUUGGAGGUCAGUAACAUGGUGGUAAUAUGGCAGUACUAACAGUUUGUUUCUAAACAUGCCCUGCUUGCAUCCUUGGUUAAAAGGUGAAAGUGGACCACUAGCUAGCUAACUUACACACAUUCAUCCAUAUGCAGCCAGUUCUGUAAACUUUGAAAUAAACACACGUGAAUGUAAACAUGGUCCACUUUUCCUUGAAGAAUAUUCUAAUGGACAUGGACUGUGCUUGCAUGUUAACACCACGUUAUUGCCCUACCACCAGAGCCCUUGGUAUCUCUCAGGCUGUGAAAGGACCAGCGGGCUGUCGCUCUACUCUAGGUUUUGUUUGACCACUGCUUGCUUUGGUUUAUUGAUCAUGCUGCACACUUACACACAAGAUCCUCCUCUUAGCUUUUAGACAUUAGGGGCGCACUGAUGGUAGCUGUGUUCCACUGUUCUGGUUGGCUUCAGACUACUCUUCUGUGACCCCAUGGUAAAAUCAAAAGUGUAAAAGUGUUAAUUCCAAAACAUCUUUAGGAGUAUGUUAAAUUGCCCCCCUUUUGGUCUGAAAAGAGUGUUAACUGAGCACUGUUGAUUUUACUGUGACCAGGGGAGUAGCCUUAAGUCGUCUGACACCUCUCCACUGAUAGGUGCCCUGUGUAGGGUGUGCCCUGUGAAUUGGAGGCCUGCUUCUCCUACACCUUCAGCUGUCCAGUGAGUGGGGUGCCAUGGCGGGCACCAAAGUGCCUACUACCAACUUCCCCUCAAACAGCCUAUCAAGGCAGCAAUGCAAAACACUGUUGCUAAGAUGCAGUCUGUCAUUCAUUCAUUCAGCCUCUAUUUACCAACAGCUGACUCCAUCAUUCAUGUAUUCAAUUGUGGGAUUUGAAGGCAGUAAGGGAUGCAUGUAUGCUACCUUCAAAAUGUGAUGGAGGUGUCUUAGAAGGCAGCAUUUUAUACUAAUAUUUGAUUAAGACAUGCCUUGAUGCCUUCCAGCCUCAGACAGAGCAUCCGUGUGUCUCCAUAUAUUUGGAAAGAAUGAAAUGGAAGUAAAUACCUAACUGCAUUCUUCCCUGUGAAGAACCACCUACUGUUGCUAAGGUCCCUUGUGAAGAACCACCUACUGUUGCUAAGGUCCCUUGUGAAGAACCACCUACUGUUGCUAAGGUCCCUUGUGAAGAACCACCUACUGUUGCUAAGGUCCCCUGUUGCACUCAUUACUACGCAUCCCACGUAAUAGCUGCACACGCACAUGUUAUGCCUGUGGUUUAUUUAACAGUUAUGAAAUGAGUCAUGGUUAAUUUAACGUUUGCAGAACAGUUUUUUUCCCCUUUUGAUUUUCCUGAUGUAGAGGCUCAAGAGUUAAUCAACAGUGAAACAAUCAUCAUCUCACACGCCGAGAGAGAGCAAGAGCAUGUUAAAUAAAGUUGUAACAAAGAGCCCUUGGUUUGUUAGCGUGGGUCGUAAGUCGUACCCACGUAAGUCGUACCCACGUAAGUCGUACCCACUGCUCUGGGUCAUGCUCUGGUUGCGUCGGCCGACACAUGCUGCCUCUGUCCUGCAGCCCUCCAUGACGGAGCUUCACCGUCUCGGUCAGGUGGUAGUGGCCGACCCACAGCUAUCUGCACAAGCAGCGGUGGCACUGUUCUGUUUGGGUAACAGUCAUGUCCGCCUGAACAUACCAUCAGUAUCUAAAAUGGAGAGGUGUGUCACUUGCGUUGUGUUACCAGAAGAGGGUGCCGUAAUUCUUUGUGUAGCAUCAGAGAGGACUAGUGUGUGGAGCCCCUAAUGUGCAGUCCUGCCCGUUUCUGCCUUAAGUGAAGAUACAGCAUCACACUCAUUAUCACUUUAGUCUUAACAGCAAGCCAAGAGUGGUCAGUAUGUUGUCACAAUUACCCAAAGAGUGGUCUCACUGAAAGUUGAGCCUCUUAAUGCAUGUGAUGUGUGUGUGUGUGUGUGUGUGUGAGAGAGAG